AUGGCAUCCCGUUCAGCCGAGGAGCUCCGAUCAAUGGGGGAAAUGGAUCCCCACCUGAAAGAGAUGCUAAGGGCCGCUCCGCUGCCAGAGCCUCCCUCCGAAUCGGGCUUCUUCGCCCUCCGCGAGCAUCGAGCUGCCAUGCUGCGCGAGAAGCAUCAUCUCCGUUACCUCCCGCGCCCCAUCAAGGAGGUUGCGGAGCAUGACCGCAAGAUACCGGUUCGCGACGGUUCCGAGAUCACUGUCCGUGUCUAUCAGCCUGAGAAGUCUCGCGUCCCCACGCAGGGCAGCCCUUUGAUCGUCAUGUACCACGAGGGCGGGUGGUCCAUGGGUGACCUGACAGAUGAGGAGACGAAUUGCCGCCUCUUCAGUCGUGACCUGGGAGCUGUUUGUGUUAAUGUAGAGUACAGGCUGGGCCCAGAGUAUAAAUUUCCCACUGGAAUAAACGACUCGUGGGAUGCUCUGAAAUGGGCCGCCGACAACGCUUCUUCACUAGGUGCCAAUCCUCGGGCCGGAUUUAUUGUCGGCGGCGGCAGUGCGGGAGGAAACAUCGCUGCGGUGCUUGCGCACCUGGCCAGGGACGGCAAGCUGAAUCCUCCCCUUUCGGGACAGUACCUUUGCGUGCCUGCAAUCACAUGCUUCAUGCCUUCUGAAGAGAUGCCCGAGAAAUAUCGUGCCGAAUACCUGAGCCAUCCCUCAGUCACGCCCUGCAUCGAUCCAGUGCUGCAGGUGGACAGCCGCCACCCACGUGGAAUGUUGAGUACAGUGGGCGCAGACGUCAACAAUCCAUUGUUCGUUCCUUUCCUCUACCGUCACAAAGUGGGCGGUCACAAAGGCUUGCCUCCAGCAUAUUUCCAAGUCUGUGGCCUUGACCCGCUCCGUGACGAGGCUUUGAUCUUCGAGCGAGUCCUUCGAGAGGAGGCAGGGAUAAAGACAAAACUAGAUGUCUAUCCUGGACUUGGUCACUACUUCUGGACGAACUUUCCUCUGCUGGACGCGAGCAAGCGGUUUGUUGAGGACACUGUAAAAGGAGUUCGAUGGCUCUUGGAACAGGCACCAUCUGACGCUUGA